GUAAAAAGAUACACUCUCGAGCUGCAUGCGAGGGCGGCGUUCGUAGUUUUCGCUGCCAGGAGGAGAAUCUCUUUUCUUUCAUCUUGGCGUGGUAAAGGAUGCUGCGAGCUGAUUGGCUGCCUGCAGCUGACUUAUGGACCAUCCUGCACGCCGAUACCCGCAGCCGGACUGAGCGCUGCUUCCCAGGCGGUGCUUCUUCCCGCGGCAACCCGCACCACGGCACUCCGCUCCUCAUUAAAGACACGCACAAUCUCACUCCGAAAACUCCCACGUACACAUGAGCGCUCCUGACCGCUGUUCCGCUGCGGACUUCACCUGAGCGCUCAGUGCGGAGCGCAGCGGCAGAACAGAGCCGCCAAACAAUGCGCCUUAACUGCAUUAUGCGCUGCCGCCGCUCGCUUUCGCUUUUGCGCUCUUUUCGGAGGUAACCUCGGAGGUGCGUCUGCCCGCGUGCCAUCAUUAUGGACUGCCUUUUUCUACUGAUAUGGACUUUACCCAUCCCGCUGGUCGGCUGCGCCCCAGUCAAGUUUCUCUCCACCUUCUUGACUUGGAACAUCGUCAAGACUCUGCACAUUUAUUGCACACACGCCUCCCACUCCGUCACGGCCAGCUAUUCCUCCAGCCGUAGCCACGGAUUAAAUCACGAUUACGUGUUUGUAACUCCGGUGGAGGUGGACUCGGACGGCGCGUACCUGACGCACGAUGUGACCAGGAGGACCCGUCGCAGCAGGAGGUCCCUGUCUCCUUCCUUGCACUAUCAGCUCUCUGCCUUUGGGCACGACAUGCACCUGGAACUGCUUCCAUCCUCUGUGGUCGGCCCGGGGUUCACCGUGCAGACGGUCGGCUCGGACGGCAUCUCCACGGUGACGGGCGACGCGGGGUUUCACCACUGCCUGUAUCAGGGAUUUAUUCGCAACCUGUCAGCCUCCUCGGCCGCCAUAUCAACGUGUUCUGGACUGGCAGGUCUGAUCCGGGUCUCUAAUGAGGAGUAUCUGAUUGCGCCGCUACCCGAACACCUGGCUGACCAGCACAACUACAGCGCCCCUGAUGGUCAUCACCCGCAUGUGGUCUACAAGCGCUCAGCAGAGCACAUUGUUCAUGGACGGCUGAGCAGCCCAGUGAGCGCUGGCUCCUCUUCAUCUGAGAAUCCCUACCUCUCCCCUCCUCAUCAGCCGCAGAGACACCACGAUUACCAGCACGGAAAGUUGCAGCGGCAACACUUCUGCGGGCGCCGCAAGCAAUAUGCUCCAAAGCCUCCUACGGUGGACCAGCUCAUCUUGUCUGACGAGUUUGCCGUGCCUGAGGUGGAAGAAUCAGGGCGGGCGAGGAGAUCCCCCAUCAACUCCAACAGAGUGGGAGGUUUGAAUGUGGAGACCUUGGUGGUGGCAGACAGGAAGAUGCUAGAGAAACACGGCAGGGAAAAUGUUACCACCUACGUCCUCACCGUCAUGAAUAUGGUUUCCAGUCUUUUCAAAGAUGGCACCAUCGGGACUGACAUCAACAUCGUGGUGGUUAGCUUGCUGCUGCUGGAACAGGACCCUCUGGGCUUGAAUAUAAAUCACCAUGCUGACCAGUCCCUCAACAGUUUCUGUCAGUGGCAGUCGGGCCUGGUGGGAAAAGGAGGUAAACGGCAUGACCAUGCUGUUCUUCUCACCGGACUUGACAUCUGCUCCUGGAAGAACGAGCCCUGUGACACUCUGGGUUUCGCCCCCAUCAGUGGGAUGUGCAGUAAGUACAGGAGCUGUACCAUCAAUGAGGACACAGGACUGGGUCUGGCUUUCACUAUCGCUCACGAGUCUGGACACAAUUUUGGGAUGAUCCAUGAUGGGGAAGGCAACCCUUGUCGCAAGACAGAGGGCAACAUCAUGUCCCCCACUUUGGCUGGCAAUAAUGGAGUCUUCUCCUGGUCCACCUGCAGUCGGCAGUACCUCAGUCGCUUCCUUGGAACAGCCCAGGCAUCCUGCCUUGGAGACGAACCCAAGCAAAUCGGCCAGUACAAAUACCCCGAGCAGCUUCCUGGGCAGCUGUAUGACGCAGACACGCAGUGCAAGUGGCAGUUCGGAUCCAAGGCCAAACUGUGUGGCCUCGAUUUUGUCAAGGACAUCUGCAAGUCUCUUUGGUGUCAUCGAGUGGGACAUCGGUGUGAGACCAAGUUCAUGCCGGCUGCAGAGGGGACCACUUGUGGUCCAGACAUGUGGUGUCGAAAGGGUCAGUGUGUGAAAUACGGGGAGCAUGGUCCCAGAGCCAUCCACGGCCAGUGGUCAGCCUGGUCCCAGUGGUCCGACUGCUCCAGAACCUGCGGAGGAGGGGUCACGUACAGGGAGCGAUCCUGCACCAACCCGAGGCCUCAGAACAACGGUAGAUUCUGCCCAGGCUCGAGUCGUGUCAACCAGUUGUGCAACACCCGACCCUGCCCUUUAAAUGCCGUGGACUUCCGGGCCCAACAGUGUGCUGAGUACAACAGCAAACCCUUUAGGGGCUGGUACUACAAGUGGAAGCCUUACACCAAAGUGGACGAAGAGGACAUCUGUAAACUGUACUGCAUUGCAGAAGACUUUGACUUUUUCUUUGCCAUGUCCAGCAAGGUGAAAGAUGGCACCUCAUGCUCUGACCAUAAAGAAGGUGUCUGCAUUGACGGAAUGUGUGAGGCUAUGGGCUGUGACCGGAUUCUGGGCUCCAAGGCCACCCCGGAUGCAUGUGGUGUCUGUAAAGGAGACAACUCCACUUGCAAAUUUUUAAAGGGCCAGUACACCCUUCAGCACCGGGCUAAUGAGUAUUACUCUGUGGUGACAGUGCCUGUUGGCGCUAGGAGCAUCCACAUCCAGGAAAUGGAGGUGUCCACCAGUUACCUGGCUGUCCGUUCCCUGAAGAAAAAAUACUACCUGACUGGAGACUGGACUGUGGAUUGGCCGGGGAGGUUUUACUUCGGCGGAACUGUGUUUGACUACCAGCGCUCCUUCAACAAGCCAGAGAGCCUGUAUGCCGCUGGCCCUACUAACGAGACGCUGGUAUUUGAAAUUCUCCUUCAGGGAAAAAACCCGGGUGUGGUUUGGGAGUACACCCUGCCUCGCGCCGAGAGGAAACCUGAGUACAGCUGGGGAAUGGUGCGUUCGGACUGCUCGGCUCCGUGUGCCGGUGGUCGCAUCUCCACCAAGGCCAUCUGUCUGCAGGACCACCGGACCCAGGUCAACUCCAGCAUGUGUAAUCCCCACACCCGGCCGACGCUCGGCUCCCAUCUCUGCAACACGCAGCCCUGCCCAUCGCACUGGGCCACGGGAGACUGGGGGCCCUGCAGCCGCUCAUGUGGAGGAGGUCAGCAGACCAGGACGCUGCGCUGCAUGAGGAAGGUGACCUACCAGAGGGAAGAGGCGGUGGCACCCGCCCUCUGUCCUGUUAUCUCUCCGGCCCAAAUCCAGCCGUGCCACACCCAGGCCUGCCCACCAGAGUGGAGCACAGGAUCGUGGUCACAGUGCUCCAAAUCCUGCGGCCGUGGACUGAGGAAGCGGACCGUGUUCUGCCGCAGCACUGAUCCGGGCGCCAACGCGGUGGUGGUGCCCGACAGCAUGUGCAAACAGCACCACAGGCCAAAAGCCCAGGAGACAUGUAUCCUGAGGCGCUGCCCCAAGAACGACAAACUGCAGUGGAUCCCCACGCCCUGGGGAGAGUGCUCCAGGUCCUGUGGCUCAGCCAUCCAGAGGAGGGAGCUGCGCUGUGGGGAGAGAGACUCGCAGGGAGGGUAUGUGGAGUACCCUGCACGCCGGUGCAGAAACGUGGCCAAACCUUUGGUGGAUCUUCAGCAAGUCUGCAGACGAGCUCCGUGCCCAGAGCACCCCCGGGUGGUCCCUGGCAGAACAACCAGCGCUGCGGUGUCAGGCUGGUACCCUUCUCCCUGGCAGCAGUGCUCUGUGUCCUGCGGAGGAGGGGUUCAGACUCGAACCUUCCAGUGUCUCCAGCAAGGUCGCCCCUCAGCCAGCUGCCCGGCUCACCAGAAGCCCGUCACGUCCCGGGCGUGCAACACCAACUUCUGCCCCGCGGCUCCCCCGGCUCCGGCACCACGCCCCGGCAACCGUGUCCCGGCCGCUGGACCGACUCUGAAAGAUGACCGCUGCAUCGAUCUCUUCAACUGGUGCCACUUGGUCCCCCAACACGGCGUCUGUAAUCACAGGUUCUAUGGACAGCAAUGCUGCAAGUCCUGCUCCAUCAAGAAGCCAUAGAUCUCUUUCUGCUCUCAGGCAGAGCUGUGCAGCUUCUGAAGGAGCCCCCCCCACCCUCCCCACGGAAGCCAAUAGGGAGCCGUCGCUUGCUGCACACAGAACUAUGCCCAAAAUUGUGUGUUUUCCUCCUGGAGUACUUGACUGACGCAAGCAGUGAAGAAGUACGAGAGACGUGGCUUGGACUCAGUCCUCUGUUACAGAGGGGACUGUAACUCAUGGUGUUCCCCAGCCAAAGCAAUGUUGGCCUAACAAUGACUUAUAUAAAUAUAUAU